AUGAAAGGUGGAGGAUUCAUUGAGGAAAAGGCAAUGAUCACAACCCGAAUACAUCCACUUAACGCUUUUCGAACGGUACCGCCACCUUCAAAACCACUGUUGCGAAAAAGGGUAUCAUUUGAAGCCGAUGCAACUGCAAUUCCACACUGUUGUGGCCGAUCCAAUGAAGAUAUAAAGACGUGCUGGUACUCCAAGAGAGAGCUGGCAAUAGGAUGUAGAGAAGCCAAACAAACAAUUGCGCUGAUACAGUCUGUGAAUGGAAACUGGAACUCGAUUGAUCACUCGCGAAUAUGCAUCAUCGGAUUGGAGAAGUUUCACGGCAAGAAGGAGCGAGACGCCAACAAGAAAUUGCUAAUAAAGUCCGUGCUGAUACGGCAAGAAAUGAACAAAAACCUCGGCCUGAUACAAGAAAAAACCAACGGGCUGAAAGAGAUUUCCACCAUGAUCUCUGCCUCCUUCAAGGAGUACGCUCGAUGGCAAGCGGCAAUGCACAUGGUGCACGCAUAUGGAAGUCAACCCUCAUCCUGUGCGCCACCGCCACCGCCAUCAACACAAUUAUCAUCCGUGAAUUGUAACGAUAAACGAUUGCGGAUUGAUCUCACCACUGCACAAACAACCAAGAAUCAUCAGCCUACUAUGGCACCACCCAUGAAUAAUAAUACGCCAAAACCGCUGAUACAAACGCUAGAGGGAUGUACAAAUACUACAAAUACAAAGCGAAUAAAGAGAUACCACAGAUGA